AUCAUGUUAUUAAUACCAGUAUCCCUGCAAUAGAACUUCCCCUGAGGUUCCGACCAAAGAAUAAAACCCUGAAGUCGGCAGUGGGAAGUCCCAAGGCGCCAUGCAGGUAUCAAUGGUCGAUUUACUUUCCAAAGUGGAUUCAGGAAGAUGCGUGGGCAUCGAAAUAUCCAACAAGACCACAUCUGUUACUUUAUCCUCUCCAAGCACCUACUGUGAAAGUGGCUACGUCCAUUCUCCACCACCUCCCACCAUCUCUCCUAAUGCCACUGACUACUGUGUGUUUGUGAAGAAGGCAUUAACAGCCCGUGGCAGCGUGGGGGUCCUCACUUAUCAUUACUCUACAUCACACACUAUAGCCAUUCUCUUCUCAAACCCCUUCGACUAUAACUUACACAGCAUAUAUUUUGGGGUGUGGAUCACUGAUCAGAUCCGUAAGGCUGACCACACCCUAUACAAUGAGAUGUACUACAAUAAACACCCGUCCACUGAAUUUAAAUGUGUUGACGUCAAAAGACACGCACAGGCCUUAGAGGUUUUUCAUGGCAACCUGAAAGUCUUGGCCACAAUGUCCAAUGACUACAAGGCCAUCCUAAAAUUAGAUAUUGUAGAGACUGAUAAAUAGGCUACUGGUAGGUAUUGAUCAUAUGGCUGAUUGUCAAUCAAAAGUCAAGAAGCUUAUUAACUACUAAAUAGCACCAGUCUAGAUAUCAAUAGCAAUUAAUAAGAGUUUUACUUUCUACCUUUUACUGAAGUAACUGCUGGUUGGAUCAGGAAACUGCAAUUUAGCAUCUGUCUUAGUAAAAAAGCCUCAAGUCUUUAUAACUAAGGCUUAUUCUGUACA